AUGUUUAGGAAUUUGCUGCAUAAUGGACUCACUAGGCAGGUGAUCAGGUCUAUAGCAGCUAAUGGUACACUUACGGCGAGCAGCCCGAUGAUGCUAAAACGCAUAAACGUUCCAUGUUACGCCAAAUACUUAUCUUGUUAUAACUCUGUUUUUAAAAAUGGUAUUCCAAAGCAACCAUUUGGAACCUAUACUAGGGUGAUGAAAAUUGCUCUGCAUUCUGCAAAGAAUAGUGCUCCCAAGAAUUUGCUGAAUUCAUCCAAAAUUUCUGGGUAUUGGUUAGUUGGCACCUCUGGGUUAGUGUUUGGUAUUGUUGUACUUGGUGGUUUAACGAGGUUAACAGAAUCUGGUUUAAGUAUUACCGAAUGGAAGCCAAUUACAGGCGCUGUUCCUCCAAUGAAUGAAAAGGAUUGGGAAAAAGAAUUCGCAAAGUAUCAGGCUUCACCGGAGUUCAAACAACUAAAUUCCCAUAUAACUAUUGAGGAUUUUAAAUUUAUUUAUUUUAUGGAAUGGGCUCAUAGGUUGUGGGGUCGUGCCAUUGGAAUGGUAUUUAUUUUACCUGCGGUUUACUUUGCUGUGUCUAGACAGACCUCAAAACGUGUAAAUCUAAGGGUUACUGGAUUGGCUUGUUUGUUGGGCUUUCAAGGGUUUAUUGGUUGGUGGAUGGUCAAGUCUGGGUUAGACCAACAACAAUUGGAUGAAAGGAAGUCGAAACCUACCGUUUCUCAGUAUAGAUUAACAGCGCAUCUUGGAACUGCGUUUCUACUGUAUCUGGGAAUGUUAUGGACGGGUAUUGAAAUUCUCAGAGAAGCUAAGUGGGUCAAGAAUCCUGAAAAUGCUCUAAAGCUAUUUUCGAAGCUCGAUAACCAGUCUUUGAACCCACUUAGAAGGCUUUCUUUAGGUCUCUUGACACUUACAUUUAUCACCGCCAUGUCUGGCGGCCUAGUUGCUGGUUUAGACGCUGGAUUAAUUUACAACACUUUCCCCCAUAUGGGAGACGACUGGAUUCCAAGUAAACGUGAAUUGAUAGAUAAGACGUUUUCGAGAAAAGAUGAUAGCAGUGAUUUGGUCUGGAGAAACAUGUUAGAAAAUCCAACUAUGGUACAACUAAAUCAUAGAAUUUUUGCCACUUCGACAUUCAUUUCUGUUCUCGCUCUUCAUUUUUACUGUAAUAGGAGAAAACAUCUAAUUCCAUCGAAUGCAAUUCGUACCAUGCACGCCCUCAUGGGACUAGUUUCUCUUCAGUUUACAUUGGGUAUUUUCACGUUACUUUACUUGGUACCUAUUCCGUUGGGCUCUGCCCACCAGGCAGGUGCACUAUGUCUAUUAACAGGUUCUUUACUGUUUGCUGCUCAGUUGAGAAAACCAAGAAUUCCAAUAAGAAUGUUGGUUAGCAGUUUAGGCCGUCAACAAAACACAUCAAGUAGUAAGAUAUUGUCACAAGUAUCUAAACUGUAG